UCAGACUCCUUGGCACAACAAAUGUACACACAUCCAGUUUCCAGCAACUUCAGGGGGGUCGGUUGUGAGUUGUUCUGCAGAAAUGUCUCACAUUCUUCUUCUUCUUCUUCUUCUUCUGACUUUUGAGACAGCGGCAUUAGAAGGCAGAAUGUUGCAUCAAAGGGACGAGUUUGAAGUGAUGGAUAUAACAGUGAGGUCUGGACAAGAUGUCACUCUUCACUGUCAGGAUCCCAGGGGUGUAAAUAUCACCCUGUUAGAGUGGAGCAUACCUGAGAUUAAGACAGAUGGAUACGUCUUCUUCUACCGAAACGGGCGCUCAUACGAAAGCUACCAGCAUGAGCGUUUUAAAGGCCGAGUGGAGCUGACAGACCCGUCUAUGAAAAACGGAGAUGUUUCUGUGACUCUGAAGAACGUCAACGUCAACGAUACAGGAACAUAUGAGUGUCGGAUUAUAACCAGUGAUCUCAGCAGCGGUCAGAGAGUCAAGAGUGAUUCCAGGAAGUCCAUCAACCUCACAGUCACAGACUCUGGAAGCGAGGAUAAACCUGACAAGAAGACAUUAUUUUUAGCUAUAGGUAUUGUUGCUGUUUUUGUAAGUUUUCUUGUUAUUCUUAGUGCUGCUGUAUGUGUGCACAGAAAAAAGAAAUCAUCAAAAUACAGGGAACAUGAACAUUAUAAACAUCCACCUGAAAAAGAGCUGAUCUGAAAUGUAUCAGACGAUGUGUAAAAUAUUAUUUUCUGACCCUGUUGCCAAGCAGACAGCACAAACAAAGGUUCUGUUGACAGCGCUCCCCUCACAGCAACAAGGGUUCGAUGCACCACUCCUCUGAUCUCAGGUCACAUUCGGGAGUCAUGUUCACCCAUCAAUCAUUAAAAGUAACAUUAGGUCAAUGCUGUGGCUGCAACAAGCUUUAUAAUGACUUUAAGUCUGUUUUUAUUUCGUUUCCUUUUUUUCUUUUAAGCUGUAACUUUAUUCUGUGCAGUUUUCUGCAGAGCUUGAUUUUACUGUGAGAACAGGCGGCAGGUGGAGGACAGCAGGUGAGCGUAGUGGAGCUUUUUGCAGGUAGAGAGGUGGAGGAGACACAAGUACAGUAAAUCAGUUUAGACAGAGCAUUAAAAUGGGGCCACAGUAGCACGGUUAGCAGGUUCUCACAGCUAAUUAAAAAAGUUAAUAAAGUGCUUAAGCUUUUAUUUUGCACCUUUAAACAGUUUAUUUUACUUGCUGCUAUUUGUGGCAACUGCAGCCAAUCAGCGACUUCCUUCUUUCUGCCCAUUGCCUCCAUUAGAACAAAAUAAUUCACCAAACACAAGUCAGGUAAUGUAAUAUGUGAUUAUAGUAUAACCAUAAUAUUUAUUUAUUUUUAAACAUACAAACCAUUAUCUUAAUGGUUUUAUUGCGUUAUUAUAUGAGUUGUGCAACGUUUUGAGUUGGAUCUGUAAAUAUCAGAAACCUUAUCAGUGAUUUAAACUCAGCUGAUCUCACAUUCAGAUCUCCACCUCGGGCGUCGCCGUUUUAAGACUUUCCGUCAUGUCCACUUAAAUUUGUUCCUCUGCACAAGUUGCAAGGUUGAUGUUUCCAUUGACUUUCAUUUUCAGGAGUUCACUCAAACAUUAAUCUGGUGAAUAGGAAGGAUUUUAAUUCUGAAGACUUUUUAACACAAUCUGAGUCAGUUGGUGCUUUCAGCCCCUGACAGUUCGGCUCGUUUCCUGUCCUGAUGCCUCAGGAUCUCACCCUUUCUCCUGAUCUGCAUCCUCGCCUGUUGUGCUGCCUUCAGGCGUUGAAACUCAUCAGAAAACUGCUCAGUCAUGAUGUUCAAGUUAGUUUUAAAUACAAUUUGUUUGCUGUUUGCACGUUUGAGGUCUGUGGUGAUGCUACAGAGGUCAGAGGGACUUCCUCUGAGCUCUAAAAGCAGCAGCUGCUCUGAAAACAGUCCAGAGGUUUCUGAUUUUUAUCGAUCUGUUCUCAGAACUUUUAAGAAUUUAUGUCUUUAUUUAUCUGAUGUACUCAAUAUGUUAAUAUUUCACUUUUUGUUUUUUGUUUUGUUACUCCCCACUGAUCUUCUUUAGUUUGUCAGUUCAAAUGUUGUGGAUCCUUAAUAUCCAGUCUGACUCUGACAGAGUGACGAGCCAAGUUCAUUGUAAAUAUCCACUGUCCAAAAAAAGAAUAAAAUAGAUAUUUGAAGCUCCAAAGGGACAGUGCAAUGUGUAAAAGGAAAGUGGAAGAAGAUGGACAGGUGUUCAAAAUUAAAACCUGAAAAACUGAAAGUGAGCAGGAUGAGCGGUCAUAUCAGGAGUCAGCAGGAGGAACGAGGUAUGAAACUCGUGGAGAGAAAUGAGGCCUCCCUCCAUGUUUAGCUGUUGUUUGUAUACUUUGUGUCCAGCAUCAGUUAUACACAAGUGGAUCACUUGGCUCAAAUUAGUAAAUAAUACAUAGAAAAUGUGUGUUCAUAUGUAUGCAUUUACACAUGUUCAUUUCUCAGCACCAUUUUUAUAUUGAAUCUUUGUUUUUUGUGACAUAUUUGUAUUAUAUUUAUGUUCUUUUGUCUUCUGUGCCUGUACCUUAUCUGUGUGAGUGUUGUGCAGUUGGCUGGACUGUUGAUCUGAACUCAUCAUAGAAAUAAAGUGAGAGCCUCAGACAUCACAAGUAACAGA